AUGAAUCCUCAGAUGAUGGCAGUUCUGGAAACAACGACCUUGACGCUCUGCGCGUGGAGCCGCCGUGCAUCACUCGUAAAUACCCCAGUCGGAUUCUUCCUCGGCGCUGGCGGGUCCAUGUCAAGUGAGGGCGUUGGGGCGGGUGCUUCUAAUUCAAAAGCACCUUCGGUAUACUCCGGAACCUCCGGAGCUCUCUCCGUGGCAUCUGGUCGCGUGUCUUUCACGCUCGGGCUGACAGGUCCCUGCUUGACACUGGACACAGCGUGCUCGUCGUCGCUCGUCGCCGCCCAUCUGGCAGCCUCGGCUAUCAAGCUGGCCGAGUGUCCCCAGGCUGUGGCGACCGGCGUCGGGAUGCUGACGCAGGUGGUAUCGAUUGCGUUCUCAGCCGCGGGCAUGCUCUCGGCUUUCGGACGCUGCCACACGUUCGAUCGCCGCGGAGACGGGUACUGCCGCGGCGAGGGCUGCGGAGCUUUUUUACUGGACUCUGGAGUCUCUGCCAAAGUUGCUGUCCUUGGCACGGCGGUGCAGCAAGACGGCCCGAGCGCGAGCUUGACCGCGCCCAACGGAUCAUCGCAAAGGAGACUUCUUGAAACUCUGCGAGACUGCGACGCAACAAACCGGGCACUCGAGGCGCACGGCACUGGGACGGCACUCGGGGACCCG